CCGCUGACGUCACCCCCGCCCGCACUGUGUCCGAGAGGGAAGAGGAAGCAAAACCAGGGGGAAGAAAGGCGGCGGAGCGCGGGGUCACGACCUCUGACCUCUCACCGAAGGGAAAAUAAAUACAAACAAAAUAAAUAGUAUUUACACCGGAGAAAAGUACGACGAACACAGAACACAGGCCGCCGGGGGCUGAGGCUUUAAAUCGGACCUCCUAUGUGGCGAGGUUCAGGAAUCUUCAGUGAUGACAAGCUCCUCUCAGCGCAUCCAGAUAAUCUCUGCAGACUCUGCCGUGUCAUCCCCACAGCGCUUUCAGAUUGUAACAGAUCAGCAGACAGGUCAAAAGAUUCAGAUUGUAACAGCUGUAGAUUCCACGGUAUCUCCCAAACAGCAGUUUAUACUGACCAGUCCCGAUGGAUCUGGAACAGGGAAGGUGAUACUGGCAACUCCUGAAUCUCCCAGUACAAAGCAAGUCAUCUUCACUGCUGAAAAUAUUGUACCCGGAAGAAUACAGAUAGUAACAGAUGCAGCUUCUGUGGAGCGACUCCUGGGAAAGGGAGAUGUGCAACGCCCUCAGAUCAUAGAAUACUGUGUUGUUUGUGGUGACAAGGCAUCUGGUCGCCACUAUGGUGCGGUUAGCUGUGAGGGGUGCAAGGGUUUCUUCAAAAGAAGUGUUAGGAAGAGCUUGACGUACAGUUGUCGGAGCAGUCAGGACUGCGUCAUCAAUAAACAUCACCGCAAUCGAUGUCAGUUUUGUCGGCUUAAAAAAUGCCUGGAAAUGGGCAUGAAAAUGGAAUCGGUGCAGAGUGAGAGAAAACCUUUUGAUAUCCAGAGGGAAAAGGCAUCGAACUGUGCAGCUUCAACAGAAAAAAUCUACAUCCGAAAGGACCUAAGAAGUCCCCUCAUAGCAACCCCGACAUUUGUAUCAGAUAAAGAUGGUGCAAGGCAAACAGAACUGUUGGACCCCAGGGUGCUAGUAAAUAUUCAGCCACCACUUAUAAGAGAAGAUGGUACUGUGCUUUUCUCUUCGGAUUCAAAGCAGGCAGAAGCAAGUCAUGGCGGACUUGGGACACUGGCAAAUGUUGUGACAUCACUAGCAAAUCUGACAGAGUCAUUGAAAAAUGGGGACACAGCUGAAGUCCAUCCAGAGGACCAAUAUUCAAGUGAAAUAACUCGAGCAUUCGAUACCUUAGCGAAAGCACUUAAUGCAACCGAUGGCUCUCCUGUACAUAACCAGGCAGAUGGAAUAGACGCUUCCACUGGAGGGAACAUUCACAUAAUUAGCCGGGAUCAGGCAACUCCUAUACUGGAAGUUGAAGGACCCCUUCUUUCAGACACACAUGUGACAUUUAAGCUUACAAUGCCAAGUCCAAUGCCAGAGUAUCUGAAUGUGCACUAUAUCUGUGAGUCGGCAUCCCGCUUGCUUUUCCUCUCCAUGCAUUGGGCCAGAUCCAUUCCUGCUUUCCAAGCUCUGGGGCAGGAUUGUAACACAAACCUUGUGCGUGCCUGUUGGAACGAGCUUUUUACCCUGGGUCUUGCACAGUGCUCUCACGUGAUGAGUCUUUCCACCAUCCUCGCAGCCAUUGUCAACCAUCUGCAGAACAGCAUAGAAGAAGACAAGCUUUCUGGAGACCGAAUAAAACAAGUCAUGGAGCAUAUCUGGAAGCUCCAGGAAUUCUGUAACAACAUGGCCAAGUUGGAUAUCGAUGGAUAUGAAUAUGCCUACCUUAAAGCAGUGGUGCUUUUCAGCCCAGAUCACCCGGGACUACCCAGCACGGCGCAGAUAGAGAAGUUCCAGGAAAAAGCCCAGAUGGAGCUGCAGGACUAUGUGCAAAAAACCUAUCCUGAUGAUACAUACAGGCUGGCCCGAAUUUUAGUACGACUUCCAGCCCUCAGACUCAUGAGCUCCAACAUCACCGAAGAACUAUUUUUUACUGGUCUCAUUGGCAAUGUUCCUAUUGACAGUAUCAUCCCUUACAUCCUCAAGAUGGAGACAGCGGAGUAUAAUGGGCAGAUCACAGAGGCCGACGUAUAGCCGGAUAUGGGACUCGUAUAAAUCAAGAACUCUUCAAUGCACCAGUGUUUGGUGUGAGGAGGUGCAGUAACAUUUGGGGAACACGAAAAGCCCCAUUCAGAUGUACAUGCUGUCCCAUUUUAUACCCCUUCCAUUGAAGGUUUCUCCCACACUUUUUUUACCCUCCUGGAAAGUGCUGAUGGCCAUAACAAUAUUACCAGGUAGGAGUGGUUCAACAUUUCUGUUACAUUUUAUAAUGGCCCUGCAGGCUACUCAACACACUAACAUUCUUUUUUGUAGCUUAUUGAACCAAUAAUAAGAGGCCCAUUUAUCAAAGGUCAAAUUUCGAAUUCAUGUGAAUAUUUUUAAAAUUGGAAUAUAUUCACAAUUCGACUGGGAGUUUAUUUAAGAAAAAUUCGAAUGUAUAAUAUUCGAUUGAAUGCUUCCAACCCGAGAAUUCAGAUCGUAUUCGAUUCGUACGAUUCAAGUUUUUCUCCCGAAAAAAAAACCCAUACCUCUGCCAUUGGCUUCGGCAGGUUUUAGGUGGCAAAUAUUCAAAUUAGGACUGUUUCCAUGGUCAAGUUGUGAUUAAUCUCACAUUCGAAUUUACAUGAUAUAGGGGGAUUGAAACUUGAAUGUGUGAUUUUUUUUAAACUCGAAAAUUUGAAUUUACUAUUCGACCCUUGAUAAAUCUGGGUCAGAGAACAAAAGCAAUGGAGGUGUUGCUAUACACAUGGGUUGGAAUUCAUGAGGCUGUUAGAGACAUUGGCAGCCAUGUGCCAGUUAGACUCGCUCUGAAUCCACCAGCAGAACACAGGAACAUGCAGAGAUUGGGUUAUAUGAUUUUUAUUUAAUGCAUAGUAUCAAUGAACUGUGGUGCUUUUGGCGUUUCCCUAUGACUCCUAUUUAAUAAUUAUGGAAUAAGAACUGUCAGCGGCCAAAAAACGACAGACACUCACAUUCAUUCAGUCUUCUGUGUAACACUGCAGUUCUGUGUGUUAUUAAUUAUGACCACCGAUUCCAUUCCUUGUUAUAUCAAAUGUUGUUUUGCAUCUUUCUACUGAUAAUAUUCCAUUCGUGAUACCUGUACCGGCAUUAGCACUUUUCCUAAGAUCUCUCCUGGCUAUAGUAUUACUUGCUACGGCAAAACCUUCCUUUUAUACAAAUCCGUCCACGUC